AUGUUUUCAGUAAAUUUCGGAUCUCUGACCACGGGUAUCAGCCUUUUCUGGGCAUCGCCAAUGCUCGUUAAACUCCGUAAUGGAACUGAUACCCCGUUAUCGAGACCCAUUACGGAGGAGGAAGGAUCAUGGAUUGUAUCUGGAGGCUAUUUGGCUGCUGUUGCAAGUCGUAUAGAUGAGGCGAUAGACGUACUAUCAAAAGUUCGGGAAUCUGACGAAAUUAUAAAGCAGGAGCUAGAAGAUUAUAGAUCAAGCAAACAAAUAAAAGUCAACAAAAUCGAAUUGAUAAGAGACAGAACAUUUUUAAAAUCGCUUUCUUUGGGUGUUCUAGUCUGUGCUGGGGCUAACAUGAUAGGAUAUAGUGCCAUAUCAUUUUACUUGCAAACCAUAUUUGAAUCGACUAAUACAAGCGUUGCACCAGAAAUCGCAUCACUAGUAAUUGGUUUCAUUCAACUAUUUGCUGCCUUAUGUACAACUUUCUUUACAAAAUUUUUUGGACGACGUACUAUUUUAAUAUAUUCGCUCCUCGGGAUGUUUGUUGGUAUGUUUGGAUUGGGAAUCUUUUUCACGUUCAGCACCAAAGAAGGUUACGUGAUAACUGGAUUUCUGAAUUAUCUUCCUAUUAUAUCAAUGAUAUUAUGUACAUACAACUUUAAUGUUGGUAUCGGAUGUCUACUUCUUGUAGUAACAGCUGAAUUAUUCGACGGAACAGCAAGGGCGUUUGGUUAUUCAAUAUGCCUGACAUCAAGUUUAUUUUUAGCAUUCUUAACAUCAAAAUAUUUUGUUGAAUUCACAUUAGCGCUUGGUCCACCAGCGACUUAUUGGUUUUUCAGCGCAAUGUGUUUAGUUGUUUGUACUCUAAUAGCUGUAUUUCUACCUGAAACUAAAGGAAAAACCUUUAAUGAAAUACAAGUUUCCUUGGGUAGGCAAAGAUUAGAAAAUGAGCCUGGACCUAGUCAAAGACCAGAGUGUUGA